AUGAUAACUCAUUCACUUCAACUACCAAAUACUUUCUCAUCAUCAUCAUUCUCAUUUAAAAACAUGUUGAUCAAGAGAGAGAUAAUGGCUAUCAGUAUAGAUAAUAUACCAAUACCACCUGACAAGUAUAAAGGUUGUGUUGGGUCAUUAUCACAGUAUGUCAAUGAAAACAAGUCAUUGUUUGGUAUACAAGAAGGUGUCAUGUUUGAUCUAUACGAAGGUGACACUUUACUUGGUAAUGUUACUCCUCUUACUUCACUUGGUCAUGGAGUUCAUUCAAUAACUAUUAAAAGAUUAAUAAUAAAUGAAGAUAAAAUUAAAAAGGUAUCAUGUCAAGAUUUUGAAUACAUUUCAAAAUGGUUUAGUGAAAGAUACAAGGUUAAAGAUAAAUCAAAUAGUUUGACUGAAACCACAUUACCAAUCACUGAUAGAGAAAAGGUAUUUGAUAUGAUUGUAUCAUCCACCAUGAAGAGAUAUAUGAAUCGUUUGGCUUUUGAUAAAAAGGAUCCUCAAUUUAUUGUGAUCUCUGGACCAUUGGGUAUUGGAAGGAGUAGAGUUUUGGAUGAAUUUGGUAAACAUACUCUAGUUGAUGGACUUCCUACUCAACAGAUUAAUAUUAAUCUGUCGUAUGGACCAGGAUCGGAAUUUGGAUUGAUUGAACAGGAUAAAUCGGCUGCACAGUCUAUUUCCCUUAGAAUCCUAUACCAGUGGUUUGGAGUGUCGGUUGGUGAAACAUUUAAACAAUUUUGUUUAAAUCUAUCCGACACUUUUGAUUUGGGUACGAUGGAUAUAUUUUCAAGUAUUUCAAUCAUUGCCACUUCACAACUCGCUACUUUGAAUCUCGAUCUACCAACCAUGAUCAAUAUAGGAGUUGAUGAUUUACAAAGGAUUCCAAGGGAAAAGUCAUCAGUAAAGUUGGUUCAACAACAAUUAAAUUGUACAGCUCCCACUCCAAAUAAUAUCCUCAAGGCUAUUUUAUUCACUAGGGGAUGGCCAGGCCCGUUGAGUAUGGUGAUUCAAGUUCUCAAAAAUAGAAAGGAUUUUCAAAGCGUCAAUACAUCAACAAUCGUAGAUUCAACAUUGCUAUUAUUGCAAAGUGCUUAUGGGUUUUCUAAAGCCAACACUACAUACUCGUUAUUGGUUGCGUUGACAAUAUCUGGACUCGCGGUCAAAAGAGAUUUAUCAACACUUCCAGCAAGGGACUGGGAAGAUCUCAAACUAUUUGGAUGUAGAGAAAAUCAAAUGUACUCUAUUCACUUGCUCUAUUGGCUUGGUAUUGGGUUGAACAGACCAUUGGCCACAGAGUAUGAGGUUUCGAUUCCUCUAUCGGUACUCAUCCUAGGACAAAAAGAUACAUAUUACUUUUGUCAGAAAUUUUCCUACAAAAUACCGUUGAUUUUAGUGGAUCGCUCGGGAAUGCCUCCUCUUAAACAACCAGAGUCCCCAAAAACACUCUUUCAAAACUCUAUCACCCUCAACCAAUCGGAAUCGGAACUGGGUCUUGUUGUUAGAGGAAAUUCUUCUUUGAAUAGUAACACUGAUAAUACUACUGCCAUGAUUAUAUUUGUCCAUUGUUCAGAAGAAGUCUCUGUACAUUGA